CACUUUGGACGGCUGCUUCCCGCCAGCGAAGACCACACCACGGGAAGCCGAGCCCGAGCCCGCAGGGAAGCAUGAAGAGCCUCUUGCUGCUGGCCACGCUCCUCGUGCCUGCGCACCUGACGACGGCUUGGAGCACCAAGUAUGCGGUGGAUUGCCCUGAACGUUGUGACAGUAACGUGUGCAAAAGCAGCCUGCGCUGCAAGAGGACGGUCCUCGACGACUGUGGCUGCUGCCGGGUGUGCGCUGCGGGGCUGGGAGAAACUUGCUACCGCACAGUCUCCGGCAUGGAUGGCGUGAAGUGUGGCCCGGGGCUGAGGUGUCAGUUUUACAGUGAGGAGGACGAUUUCGGUGACGAGUUUGGUAUCUGCAAAGAUUGCCCCUACGGCACCUUCGGGAUGGAAUGCAAAGAGACCUGCGACUGUCAGUCGGGCAUAUGUGACAGAGUGACCGGCAAAUGUCUGAAAUUUCCCUUCUUCCAAUUUUCGGUAGCCAAGUCUUCCAGCAGGAGGUUUGUUUCUCACACAGAGCAUGACAUGGCUUCUGGAGAUGGCAAUGCUGUGAGAGAAGAACUCGUGAAAGAGAAUGCUGCCCGGUCUCCUGUAAUGAAAUGGUUAAAUCCCCGCUGAUCCUGGGCAGGAUUUCCAAAUGAGGACUCUAUUCUAAUGGUCAUUCAACACACAGCCAACAUUUUAGGAACUGUCUAGAUUAUAGCAUAUGGAUCUGUAAUUUUUGGAGACCAAGUGUGAUUCAGGGCGGGUCCAGAAAACAAAAAAGUAGCCUACUAACAAUCCAUAAAAUGCAUAUGACUGAACACUUUUAGACAUUUGUUAAAUAUUUGAAUGCAUAUAGAUUUGUUAAAUAUGUGUUUAUAUUGAAGAACUCAAAAUGCAAUUUAGAUAAUUUUGAUGUGGAGACAGGUGAGCCAAAGAGAAAGCUAGCCAAAGCUGAAGACCACAGUGAGUCCACGGUUCUUUGACUCGAGUGAACGUUAGUGUUGGGAUACCAGAUGGAGGAAGAGUUAGGAGCAAGCGAAGGUGGGGGUGGGGGUGGGAGAGUGUGAUACGUGUAGGUCUUCCUUGUGGUAGCUUCAAUAGAAUUUAAUUGUGCUGUUUUUGUUUUGGGAAAGGUCAAAACAAAACAAUCCCUGAAGGAAGUGGGAUGUUUGAAGCUUGUGGGAGUUUGAGUAGCAGCCUUGAAUGAGGCAGGUUUCAAAGGGCUGCUGGUGUGGUUCCCAGGUUACCAUAUCUGAAGGAUGGUUCUGGGGCAGAGGGCAAGCAUACACUUCCAUAAAUGGCUUUAAAGAAGACAACCUCAGAGAGAGAGCUAGGAAGUAUUUUGCCCACGGGGGGGGGGGGGGGGAGGUUUGAAGGUAAAUAUUUAUAUAUUUUUGUAAACAAUUAUGUUAGUACGAGUCAUCCUCCAUACCCAUAUUUAUCGCCCUCUUGAGAAAAUGAAUGUAAUAUUGUUUGUUUAAAAGGAUUAAAAUAAAGGUGUGACUUUAUGAAGUUUUCAAACAUCCAAGGCAUGGUAAAUUUAUUAUUAAUAAUUAUAGUAACAUUAACAGUAACGAGCAUAAGAGAAACAGAAAAAUUUAGUCACUAUGGAUUUAUAAAAUGUCAAAAAAUGAGCAAUGGAGGGAAUCUAUUUAAAAGUACGUGCAGUGACUUGGAUGAGUUUUAAAUUUGAAGUAGAAAAUGCUUUUUAGGAGAUUUGGAAAAGAGUCAAUUUUCAGCAGGAAACGUCAACUUUAAAAUAGUUCAUUUUUGUGUUUUUUUCCUUUAAACUUGGUUGAUCAGUGGAAUUAUGAGUACCCUUGGGAGGAUCUUAGCAUAAACAGGACUGUUAUACUAGAUUUUGUUAGGAAAUAUUUGCAGAAGUAUUUUAUUUGGGAUGAAGAAUUAUUUAAGAAUUAUUUCCCUAUUUGCCUAUAUUUUAUUCUCGAAGUUUGCAACUAAGUUGUGAAUGUGUGUGUGGGAGGGUAUUUGAACGUAAGCUGAAUAAGCUGUUAGGAUUUGUUUUAAAAGGACAAGUUUAUGAUUGUUCAAUAAAAAAACCAGACAGCU